AGGUCAGGGGUUCAAUGAACCCCUUGGCUGGCUGUAGCGCCGCCCAUGUGGUGGACCUUUUCAACUCUUGGUAUAAAUUUAAAGUUCACGGUUCUCUGUUCAGGAGCUAAGACUUUAAGCUCUUUCUCUUUGGGUUUUCUUGGAGCUAUGGAACCAGAAAUAACGACGCUAGGGAGCUCUAUCCCAGUUCCUUGUGUUCAAGAGCUAGCAAAGGAGACGACAAGCAGAGUCCCACCACGUUAUGUUCGUUUUCCUAAUGAGCCUCCCAUCAUAUCUGACACCACUUCUUUACCCCAAGUCCCAGUCAUCGACAUGCAAAGGUUAUUUUCUGCAGAAUUUGUGGACACAGAGUUGGAGAAGUUACACUAUGCAAGCAAGGAAUGGGGUUUCUUCCAGUUAAUUAAUCAUGGGGUGAGCAUUUCAUUGGUGGAGAAGGUGAAAGUAGGCAUUCAAGAACUCUUUAAUCUGCCGAUGGAAGAGAAGAAGAAGUUAUGGCAAUUACCAGGAGAUCUUGAGGGGUUUGGACAGGCCUUUGUUGUGUCUGAGGAACAAAAGCUUGAUUGGGGAGACAUGUUCUACGUGGUCACGCGUCCAAUCCAUUUGAGAAAGCCUCACUUGUUCCCCAAGAUCCCACUCCCAUUCAAAGAUAAUUUAGACGCUUACUCAGCAGAGCUUAAAGACCUUGCCAUAAAAAUAUUUGAACUGAUGGCAAAAGCUCUAAGAAUGGAACAUAAUGACAUGAGGAGCCUAUUUGAAGAAGGGUUUCAGGGAAUGAGAAUGAACUACUAUCCUCCAUGCCCACAACCUGAGCUUGCGAUUGGCCUCAAUGCUCACUCAGAUUCUGUGGGCUUAACAAUCCUCCUCCAAGUCAAUGAAAUGGAAGGCCUCCAGAUAAGGAAAGAUGGGAGGUGGAUUUCAGUCAAACCUCUCCCUAAUGCCUUUAUUGUCAACAUUGGCGACAUUUUGGAGAUUGUGACAAAUGGAAUUUACCGUAGCAUCGAGCAUCGGGCAACUGUUAACUCAGCAAAGGAGAGGCUCUCUGUGGCCACAUUUUACAGCCCAAGCCUAGAAGCAGAUAUGGGUCCAGCACCAAGCCUUAUUACUCCAGAAUCUCCAGCAUUGUUCAAAAGAAUAGGCGUUGCUGAUUAUUUCAGGGAACUUUUCUCACGCGAACUCGAUGGAAAGGCAUUCAUUGAUUCCAUGAGGAUCCAGAAAGGCACUUAAGACUUGAGAGAUACUCUCGAGUUUAAAACCUAUAUAUUGUAUGUGCGUGCUACUGGCUUGUAUACUUAAACCUGGUUUGAUUAAAUGCAUCCAGAUUUGAAUAAACGCAAUAUUCAUAAAAAAUUGUUUUUUUU